AUGAAGAUUUGCCCUGUUGGAUUUCUGUCUUUUCGCUUAUUUGCCGCUCUGCUUCACUUCGAGCCCGGCGUGCAUGCGGAACGUCUUAAGGUAUCCUCUUCAGAUGUUCCGACCAAUCGAACCCUGACAACCGACUUCGGCAGACUUUUGGACACCACAACUGGCGGGACGCUAUUUUCUCGACCAGUCUCUUUGGCCCGCCCUGGCGGCCGAACUACCGGCUGGCGCACAGGCUCACAGACGCACAUGAAUUUCUGCCCAAAUUGGCACACAUCAAACCCACCUUCAAGGUAG